UGAGACCAGUGGUCAGAGCACUCGUAUGUGUGACAGACUGUACACCCGUUUGCCAUAAAAAGUUUUGUUGACACUUAUUGAGUGUUUUUGUGAUAAACCGUUUCACUCGUGAGAGAGAAGAGAGACAACCGUUUGAAUCCAUAGUAACCCAAAAGCCAAUACUUUUUUGUCACUCAAAACUAACUGUCGUUUGGUUUUGGUGUCAACUGUUUUGGUCGUAAAGAAAGGUAUCGCGAGUUGUCGUCAACUUCUUCUUCUUCUUAAGCUCUUCUUCUGUGAUACAAACACUUAUCUCAAGAAACUAUUGAACAAAGAAAUGGUUGAUUACUAUAAAGUGCUGGAAAUUCCCAGAAAUGCCUCAACAAAUGAUAUUAAAAAAGCAUAUCGUAAGUUGGCGUUGAAAUGGCAUCCGGACAAGAAUCCCGACCGCAAAGAAGAUGCCGAACGACACUUCAAAGAUAUAUCCGAAGCCUAUGAAGUGCUUUCCGAUGAAAAGAAACGUAUAGUUUAUGAUAAGUACGGAAAGGAAGGUCUCAUAAACAAUGGCAGUUCGGGUCACCAUCACUACCACACCAAUCAUGACAUGUAUGCCAACGGUUUCCCCGGCGCUCAUCCAUUCAACGCGUUCUUCACCUUUCGAGACCCCGAAGACGUGUUUCGGGACUUUUUCGGUGCGGAUCCGUUCGGUGAUAUGUUUGGCCGAAGUUCGGCGCAUCCGACCAACACGUCGGCUAUGAAUAGACAAAACAAUAUGACGUUUGCGUUCAACCCAUUCGCCCAAUUCGGACAAUUUGAUCACUUCAAUGACCACCUCUGGGGCGACAGUGCGUCCACUUUUACCACAUUCAGNCUUUAUCUAAAGAAUUCA